CAGGCUGUGCACAAGGCAGAACAGGCAACGCAGGAGAAGAGUUAGCUUGGAUCUGAUCUGCUGUUUUAGAGCUUGCAUUUUUGUCUAGUGAUUUUCCAAAAAGCUUCUGCUUAUUUUCUGCUAUUUUUUUUUCUCUUUGGCUGAUUUUUUAUUAAAAUAACAUGCAUGCUGCAUGUUGGGUAAAUUUAAGACCCACUUACGAAUCCUGGUGCAGAGGAAUUAUUUACAUCUGAUGGAUAUUUUCUGUGCUUAUUGCAUAGUAAUGAACCUCUGACAGGCGCGACCUUUCAUAAGACAGCCCACAUUAUUGGCUUUCUGCCCAGAAUAUUGCUGCAACACUAUCUGUGAUUGGUUAUCUUCCUAUCAUGCAUUGCUUCACAAGGGAAACAGCCCCUUUUUUUUAAUAAAUCUACGAUGGCUGGCUGCAAUAUGCUACUCUGUUGGUAUUAAGAAGUGCCUUUUCUGACGUCUCUGCUGCUUGGAACCCGCUUGUAGAGCAGUCUCUGCUUUUGCCUUGCUUGCUGCCAGCUAGACUGCGACAAGAGCACAUCCACCCUGCAAAUCUAGUCCAGACAAACCCCUUUUUCUGUUCUUAAUCAAGACAAACCCUAUGCAUCAGGCACGGUGUUACGCUGUUAUUAUAGUAGCAAAAAGGAAACAUUUGAUGAAAAACUAGGGUUGCUGCUGCCGUGAAUCAAGGAGAGAGCAAUACACACAGGGGAUAGAGAGGGGGAGAGAGAAAGCCUUUUGAUUAUUGCUUUACACUGCUGUAUCUCUCCAUGCCAAACUAAUCAAUACCGAUUGCACCACAAAACCCAAUUGUCAAUUCAGCUGUGUGGAGAUUACCUUUCAGACAACUUUACUGAGAGCAGCUUGGAAAUUCUGUGUCAGCAGAGGGUCUGCCACGUUUUCAUGCUUGUAUUUUGGGCUCGAAAAUUGGAACUCCAAAUGGGUUACUGAAAGCAAAGUGUAAGCUCCAGGCUAUCAUUGUUAAGUUUGGUGAUCGUCACAUUUCAGAAUACAUAACCUUGUAAGAGAUUGUUUCCAAAUACGUACAUCUGUAUGAGAAUACAGAGAGCACAAUUUUACUCUUUAACAAUAAAACAAAGAUAUACAUUUUGGAGUUGAGUUUCACAGCUACGGUGUACCUGGUUUGGUUUUAUUUCACUUUUACUGAGAGUUUUUAACUACCUGUAAAUAUAAAGUAUGGCUGUUAGUGUGGCACCAAUUCGGGACACAAAAUGGCUAACGUUGGAAGUGUGUAGAGAGUUCCAAAGAGGGACAUGUUCACGGCCAGACGCAGAAUGUAAAUUUGCACAUCCGUCGAAAAGCUGCCAAGUCGAAAAUGGACGAGUAAUCGCCUGCUUUGAUUCAUUGAAAGGUCGUUGUUCCCGAGAGAACUGUAAAUAUCUCCACCCCCCACCACACUUAAAAACACAGUUAGAGAUAAAUGGACGGAAUAACCUGAUUCAGCAGAAGAAUAUGGCCAUGCUGGCCCAGCAAAUGCAGUUAGCCAAUGCAAUGAUUCCUGGUACUCAGCUUCAACCUAUGCCAAUGUUUUCAAUGGCACCUAGCCUAGCCACCAACGCAACAGCAGCCUUUAACCCAUACCUGGGUCCAAUGUCACCAGGCCUUGUGCAAGCUGAGAUUCUACCUUCAGCACCAAUGCUAGUCGCAGGUAACCACGGAGUGGCGGUCCCAUCAGCAGCUGCUGCCGCUGCACAAAAGCUAAUGCGCACAGAUAGGCUAGAGGCCAGCUACAAUCAGGCAGCUGCAGUGCGAGCUUCCCCACGUUGCCCAACCAAUGACCUCAACCCAGAUGUGGAGGGAGCACCCUCUUUAUGGGUGAGAGGUAGUUCAGUCUCCAUGCCAGCUCAAUCCUGGGCCUCUCCUGAGCAGAGACUGCCAGUUGUGCCAAAUUAUGUGUGGUGGUUUUAUGAUGUGGACUCCUGCCCUUUGGGAACCGAGCUGAGACCAGCAAACUCAUAUCACUUAGGACACCAGGCAAUACUUGACCCGCGGUCCCAGAAGAGAAAGGUAUGUCGAGAGUAUCAGCGUGGCAAUUGCAACAGAGGAGAAAAUGACUGCCGGUUUGCUCACCCAGCUGAGAGUGCAAUGAUUGAUACCAAUGACAACACAGUUACUGUGUGCAUGGAUUAUAUUAAAGGAAGAUGUUCAAGGGAAAAGUGCAAAUACUUCCACCCUCCUGCACAUUUGCAAGCCAAAAUUAAGGCUGCCCAAUACCAGGUCAACCAAGCUGCAGCCGCUCAGGCGGCAGCUGCUGCAGCAGCCAUGACUCAGUCGGCUGUCAAAUCACUGAAGCGACCCCUCGAGGCAACCUUUGACCUGGGAAUUCCUCAAACUGUACUUCCCCCAUUACCAAAGAGGCCUGCUCUUGAAAAAACCAAUGGUGCCACCGGAAUGUUUAAUACGGGUUUUUUCCAGUACCAACAGGCUCUUGCUAACAUGCAGUUACAGCAACAAGCAGCCUUUUUCCCACCAGGCUCAAUAUUGUGCAUGACACCCGCUGCAAAUGUUGUUCCCAUGGUGCACGGUGCAUCGCCGGCCACUGUGUCGGCAGCAGCCACAUCUGCAACAAGUGUCCCCUUCGCUGCAGCAGCCACAGCCAACCAGAUACCCAUAAUAUCUGCAGAUCAUCUGAGUAGUCACAAGUAUGUUACACAACUCUAAAGAUUGUCACCGCACAAUCAUACUAAGGAGAAAUAAACAGUGUGCUUUAAAUUACAAUACAGGACAAGGCCAUUAGCCAUAUUAUGCAUAUAAGGAAGAAAAACCCAUCUACGUCCUGCAUGCUAAAAGAUAACAAGAUCGACAUGGAAAUCCAUUGCACACUGUUACAUAUAUAAUUUGUACAUUUAAUUGAUAUUUGUGCUAAGGUGAAUUUCUCGUCAAAGUAUACAACAUAUCCCAUCUUUUCUAGCACAGAGUUUGCGUAAAAACAUUUCCCAGUCUCCAUCACAUAUUCAUUUCCUAAAUGUUCAUCUUGUUACUCUGAAAAUUCAGACUAUAUAAUGUUUCCAUCAAUCUCCCAUAUAUUGGUACGUCUGUAGACCAAGAUUAUCAUUUUUAAGUAUUUUGUUUCGAGGUUUACAAAUAAGAAAAGGUGCACCUUGUAUUUAAAAUUGCCAUUGUAGCUAGAACAUGCAUGCAAAGUAGUUUUUUAAGGAUAUUAUUUUUGUUAUAGAUUGUAAGAGAUGGCAAGAGAUAUCUGACACGAUGAAUGUGCCAAGCAAACCACAGUUGUGUAUGUUUUAAAGCACAUUAAGGCUUUAAGUAUGGUAUUUCUAAACAUUCUCAUUAAGUGCCAUUGACUGUACAUCAUUUUAGAGUAUUACUCUAGCAGUGUUAUUUUUUUUAAUUUUUUUUUAGAGCCACAUUGUGUUUUUUUAGUUUGAAUCAGUGAAGUUUACUAUUGGGUUUUGAAAGCCAAAGUUGUCACAUGCUUUUAUCUGAACCUAAGGUGUGAAGGUGACAUCACAAGAAAUGAAAUCCUUGUAUGUGUUAGUUUUGCAGAGUAUGUACAGUGUGUAUUGUACUUGGUGACAAGUUGGUUGGGUUAAAAGCAGGGAUAAAGUGGCAAGAGAUAGUUCACCGUGUUCACUGUGCAAGUCACUACAGUGACUAUUUUGGAGACUACAACAUUAUGGGCAUGGUAUGUAUCUUUUUGCUUUAAAAGAGGAUAUUUUUUCCUAGGACCAAGGUGCAGUAAUGUCAGUGACAUAUUUAAGAUGUUCUACCCGUUUCAGAACUUAAUUUUUAUUAUAUACUCAAUUUUUAGGUUAUUAUGGGGAGGGGGAUUUUAUUCGAUUGCUGUAUCAAGAUGUUUUUGUUUUCCAGAAUUAACAUGAUUUCUGCCUGAUUGGUGUACAAUUUACAUCAGUGCAGCUUUUUAUCCUCACAAAAUACCAAUCUGUCUCUGAUAAUGGAAGAUACAUUGGACAUUUGGAAUGUAGUAUAUAGCUAUAUAUAUAUAUAUAUAUAUAUAUAUAUAUAUAUAUAUAUAUAUAUAUAUAUAUAUAUACUGUACCUAAAACUUGCCAAUUUUGCUUCUAGCAUCCCUUCAGAUAGCCUUUACAUAUCUUAACAAGGAUAUCUACAGUAUCUUAGUACAUAAAGAAAGUAUUUCAUGGAUGAAAGCUGGUUAGGUUUUAAAUAUAAAUGUUCUUUUAAAGAUUUCAAAAAAUAUGAAAGGGAGAAGGUUAUAUUACAACUCACUACUAGCACCUGGAAACUGUCAUUAAUUUCAACAGUAAUUUCUAUGUUUAAGUCCUGCCCUAGCACUUAUGCACUUAUGUGCCUAAACCACACAGUUUGCACCUCUUUGUAAAUGCCUUAUGGUUCAUCGUACAUAAUUGCCAUAAUAUGUGUACUUGUGCCAAGGUAUCAUUUUCACUGGUUCUUUUUUUGGACACAAAACUGUGCAUUGUACAAUCUAUUUACCAUUAUCCAGUAUACAUGAGAUUGUAUUUAGUAUUUCAAAGAUAAUUAUAAAUAGUGGCCCGGUAUACAUAGUUUUACAAGCAAAUAUUUUUAGGCUGAAAAAAAAUAAAUCAUAGUUUAUGACAGUUAAUAUAAAUGAUGAGAAAGAAAUACACAAAUUAGGCUAAUUAUGUUACUUCAGAAGCUACAUACAAAACAGUCUUCAUAACCCCAGUAAUACCUCAGAGAUAAUUUACAAAUAUAUUUUUGCUCACAGGACAUAUGAUAGUUAGAAAAUGACAGAUUUCUUGCACAUAAGAAGCAGUUCUGUCUGUUGUUGAGGUGAUACUCAACCUUUUGAUUGCCAGAGCAGGCUGCAACUUAUUCAAAGUGUUAUAGUCUUCUUAGACAGCUAAGCAAUCAAGUUGAUAAUUAAUUGAAUUUUUUUUUUAUUAUUUGUAAAAAAAAAUUAAUAUUAAAAUGUUAAUGAGGACUGUGUUGUAUAUAUGUAUAUUCAAAUAUGUACAAUAUACGUGUACAUAUUCUUAGAUCUUUCAUAAUAUGUGUACCAACUCAAUACAAUGGAAUAUACAAUAUUAUUGGCAUCAGCAAUGUAGAUACUGUCAAAAAUACACACCAACAAUUUUGUUAUACACAAUAUAAUAUAGAUUAAAGGAUAAGCUAUUUCUGUGAUGUCACAGAACAGACUAUAGGAUGAGACUAUUAUAUUUAGGUUUUUUUUUUAAGCACCAUGAAAGUUUAAUAGUCAAUUUAUAGCUUAACUUUUUUUUUUAUGAGGCACACAUUAAUUUAACUAAAAUGAAGAUACAAACCAAAAUAUAGAGGGAAGUGUAAAUUUUAUUAGAAGAGAUUAAGUUAUUGGGCUAAAUUAUAUUUGUGGCAUUUUUGAUUUGGAAAGGAACCCCUUUGCUGGCAGAGGACCUUGCAAUACUACUUAAUGGCGGGUAAUAAUUCACUUUUUUUUUGGUAGCUCCCAUAAGGGCAAGAUUGUAUAAAUGCUCAUACUAGCCUCAUUGAUAUUGCCUUUAUCUGCAGUAUUUGGGGCUUUGUUAUACCCAUAUAUGUGUUCCGUGCAGUAUAACCCAACAGUAUAUAUUAUGAUCUUAGUAGUCCUUUAUGAUCACACAAAAAAGAGACUGUCGCUAUGCAUCCAGUUUCAUCCAAAGGAUUUCCUUAAUCUGCACAGAAUAUGAGUUUGAGAACUUAUUACAAAGAAUGAUUUGCUGCUGGAAGAAGCCAAGUAACAGACAAUUUAAGUUGGAUGAGAAACAUUGGAGGUCAAUGCUUCCAUGUUAACAACAAAAAUUUUAUUCUCUAAACGGAUGUUUUUAGUAUGAAACAAAUGUUGAUUUUAAUGAUUGUACUGUACAUCUUUUAAAGCCUUAGAUUACAUUACGGGUUAAAAUCCCCACCAAUGUAAUUUCAGUUGUGUUAAAUAUAAGUGAUUUCACAAUUUAUGGUAGUUACAUACAUAGUUAAGAGUACCUUUCUCUUGUUAGAAUGUAGUUGUUUAUUUUCUAUACAUUUAUUAGUAUGUUUUUCUUUCUAUUGCAAGUUAAAUAAUGCUUUCAGUUUAUAUAUUUUUUUUUGCUUCAAAUUUACUGAUGACUUUUUCAAAAUAUAUAAAAAGAAUAAAAAGUAGUUUUUUUUUUCUUCAUACCAUAUUUAGUUUUGAACUUACAUGUAUUGUCAGAUAGAUAUUUGUAUUAUUGUUAACUAAAUGAUUUAUAUUUUACUGAUUUAAUAUUACUAUGUAAGAAUAUUGGUCAUUGUUAGUUCCUGUCUAGUUUUCACUAAAAGAACAAAGAUCUUUUUUAUGGAUAUCUUAUAUAAUGUAAUCAUUGAAAAGUGAGAAGUUAAAUUGCUGCUACGGCAACAAUCCUGGCAGGCAUCUAAGUAAUAUUUUAAUGAGUUAUUUUGUUUGUAAUUAGUUAUAUAAGAAAAUCUAGAUCCUAGAUAUUUCCUAGAUGUUAGAGUAUAAAGAUUUAUUUUCUACUGUAUCCAUUAAAAUAUUGUUUUAAUAUUUUUGGAAAUCCCUGAAUAUCAGGCCUUGUUAAGAAUAAGCUGCAUAAUCAAUACAUCAAGGGACAUUAUUGAUGAUUAUCCAAAUACUCAAAGUUUACGUGAAGAAAAUAAGAGUGUGCAAGCUCUUGAAAGUUGAUUAUGCUGCAAUUUAGCAUGUCGGAACAGAUAGGGAGAGUUGACUUUUUUGCACUUCUGUAUAUAGUCAAAAAAGAGAGAACAUGUAAUAUAGUAAGAUCUUAUUUUGAAUAAAAAAUGUCUAUAAUUACAAGGAGUUUUGUUAAGGCUCAUAAAAUGAUAUGCUGAACAAAAUUGCUUGCAAAAGUGGCACAGAGUUAGCACUCCAUACCCCUUGAAAAAAAUGCUAUGCUUUUUUUGUGGGCAGCUUGUAGUUUGCCAGGAUUUUUUAGCUGGACAGAUAUAUCAUUUUUCCAAGAUCAUGUUAAACACCCACCGGUCCAAAAUCUGCUUGGUGAUCAUAACUUAAACAGAGCAGGUACUUCAACCCGCAAGGUAAACUUGUGGAUUAAAUAAUCCUUACAUUAUUCAAAACUACUGCAUGUUUAAAGUAUCACAAAAAAAUAAAUAAACUAUAUUAAGGGUAUAUACUAUACAACCAGUUUCUGACAGUUUGGUAGUUUAACAUUCACAAGACAAAUUUUAAAAGAAUAUUGAUUUUUGCAAACCUUAAAUCAUAAACAGGCAAAAACCAACAGCGCUUAAUAGCUGUAGUAGUUAUGUGAUUUUUUUACUGCUGUAACAAUUUGUUCUUUCAGCAGAUGACCCAUAUUCAAAUUCUUAAAAAAUUGCACUCACUAAACAGUAUACUAUUAUAAACCAAAGCUGAAAAUGAUUUAUAUUGGACAAUUAUUUUACCCACAAUUCACAAUGGUAUAUCUAAGUUGCACUUAAACUGAACCUUUGAAAUCUUCAUCUGCUGAAAGGACAGAUAAGCUUGAUUUUGCUAUUGUGUAACAUCAGAUUUACUUUUUGCUUGUAGUUGCUUAAACUUAUGUACUCUGUCUUCGGCUGCAGUUUGUUUUUAUGCUUAUUUUAUUCUUAAUGCUAUAGUUGACUUUGUUGUAUGAAAAAAAUAAAAUAAAGUGAAAUUGCCCUAAUAAAACUUCA